CCUGUCUCUUUCCGUCAAUCCUCGCCCGAACUACUACUGGGGGCUUACAUUCAGCUCAAAACCCCCAUUCGAUUGAUGCACUUGCAGCUUCUCAAAACGGUGUUUGUUUCUUCGUUCCCAGCACGGCUCCCUUACCACCAGGCCUCACUGCAUCCACACGUUUAUCCUGCAUCUACAUCCGAUAAUAUCGCGUUCUCCUCCAUUCGUAAUCUCCAUUUGUACUGGAUCAAUUUUGGGAGUUUCUGAUCACCGAACUGCCUUCCUGGGUUUUCAGUAAUUUCAAUCCAUUGCCUCCAUACCGCCAAACGUCAACACAGAAUGGCGAUUUAGUUGCACCCUAUCGAAAGGCCAGCAAAGCCUGCAGAUCAGGCGAUAUAUACCCCGGUAAUGAUCAAAAUUCCAAAGAAAAGCACGUCAAAAUCAAUGCGAAAUGAUGUCCAAUAUAUCAGGUUCCACUCCAGAUACAGCUGCUAGUAAUGGAACGUUUGGAUCCCGUUGACAUAUUCUGUCUACGACAAAGCUGCUCCAUGUUCUUCUCGGCAUUGCAUAUGCUUGUUUCUCUAGCCUUCAAAAGCCAGUAGAGCUACCUGAAAGUCAUUCAGCAUUCGAAUACGAAUUCAGUCGACCAUUUCACGUCGCUUCCGAAUAUCAGUAGUCGGUCAAUCAUUUGCGACAUCGGC